UUACUUACACUUUAUCUGGACAAAAAUUAGGUUCUUGGUUUGUUUCUAUGCAAAAUGAGAGGGCUGUGGGAAGGGUUCUCUUCAUUGUAAAGGAAGAGGUGUAUUGUGUGUGCAAUGGACUUCUUCUACAAUCCAUUCUCCAGUCCAGUGGGCCAACGCAUCGAAAAAUCAACGUCGGAAGAUCAAGGUUCGGAUCUGUUGGUGGUGCAGCUGGAGAUUUGUGAUAUUAUCAACGAGACGGAGGAAGGUGCUCAAGAUGCGGUGAAAGCGCUGAGAAAACGUUUGUUUGGCAACAAGAACUGGGUUAUUGUCCUCAAUGCACUCGCGAUCCUGGAGAUAUGUGUGAAAAACUGUGGGCAUCGCUUCCACAUUUUGAUCACCAAGAAGGAGUUUGUGGACCAGCUAGUGACGUUGACUCGUCCCAAGACCGCAGCACCUAGUUCUGUACAGGAGAGAGUUCUUGGCCUGCUUCAGACAUGGGCCGACAGUUUUCGAGGACGCUUGGAGCUCGAUGCUGUUUGUAGUGCGUAUGAUGAACUUCGCCGGCAAGGUGUUGAAUUUCCUGCUCAAGACUUGGACACGCUUGCUCCUAUCUUUACGCCCAGCCGGAGUGUUCCUCAGAAUGAGAGCCAAGGGACAACACAAGCAGCAUUGGAAACACAUACAGAUGCUAGUCAAACUGGACACGUAAAUCCAGCUAUUGACACCCAACAAACCACACAGGGUUCAUCUGGCAUGAGUUCAGGGCAGCAGCAGCAACAGCAGCAGCAACAACCAGCAGCAUAUAUACCUAUGGCAAUGCCGGCUGCAGUAGUAGCACCACAGCAUGUGCAUAUUCCUGCCGUACCAGCGGUGUCGAAUGACGUUGAACCACUUGUCAGCAGUCCCACGUCGAUUGCGAAGUUACGUUCAGAGCUGGACAUGGUGCAGCGCAAUGCGUCAGUUCUCUGUGAAAUGCUGCAGUGUUUGACGCCGGGUGAAGAAGCUACAGCCGACUAUGAGCUAUUAACUUCUCUUGGUGAGACAUGCCGGGAUAUGCAAAGUCGAAUCUAUCAACUUCUAUCAACUCAGCAACAGGAGGAGCUGAUCGGUGAUCUGCUGACGGCCAAUGAUGUCUUGAAUUCUUCUUUUACUGAGUACGAGAGUUACCAAUCAGCACGUUCCAUGAUCGUAUCACAGGCGAGUCCUACAGCAACAACAACAUCAGCAGCAGCCACUACUACUGCCUCAAGCCAGCAACCCGCUCAAGCCGGACAUUUGAUUAACCUAGAUAGCCCGGAUGCUUCGCUGUCACCAGCAGCCGCUACUGGCACUAGUGCUGGCCUGAUUGGUGGACAAGAUGAUGACAUCACUGCUCGUUUGGGACAGAUGGGUAUUGAGCCACCUGGCUAUAUGGCGAUGGCCGGUGCUGGUAGUAGCACUGUUAGCGCCAGCGGGGCAGUAACAUCAACUACCGCUAGUAGUACUGCACGGACCAGUACCACUACUGCUGCUGCUGCUGCUGCUGCUGCUGGUGGUGGUGCUGCUGGUGAAGACGAGUUUGAUAUGUUUGCUGCCAGGCGACAGGAAGCCUUUGCCACACCGAGCAACAUGUAUGAAAUGCCAGCUGAAUCCUCUUCAUCGCUGGCAAAUCGCUUUGGCACGUACAAUACGUCCACCCAGUCAGCGUAUGGUUUCGAUGCUUCUCGAGAUCUCUCAUCCACUGCUUUGGCAUCAGCAACAGCCCAGCCACAAGCAACACCAGCGGCACAGCAAGGAGCAGCAACAAUAUCACCACCAGUCGCAGCAGUCGCAGCAGUCACAGCAAGUGAAACAGAAGAGGUAUCAUCGGCAGAUGCGCCGCAAGCACCAGCAGCCGCAGCAGCUGCAAUGCAGUCUUCUGAUUCCGAGUCUGUAUCCCAGUGGCUUGCCAGCAAUGACUUGACUGCCGACAUGGAAAUUAUCGACGAUAAAGCGGUGGAUGAGGUUGAGCCAAUGACAACAGAGGAAUUUGACAUGUUCCUCUCCGCAAGAACAAGUAAGUCAAAGAAGAGCAACGUGGUGAAAACACCAGCUGAUAGCAAUGAGAAGAAGCCGGCAAGACGAGCCAGACGCAUGAUGCAGAAAGCGGAUGAUGAUGAAAACGAAGGCCUCUUCGCUCUCUAGGAUUCUUAUGUGUGUUCAGCCCGAGGUCAGCAAGUAGUAGUUGAUGAGGUAGCCGAGUCCCAGGACAGCAGCUGUUGUUUGAGCACUAGCCAAAAUAAGCCCUCUGACUUUAAACAGGGAGCAUGAGGUCCGCAGAUGUGUUUUGCUGAUUGCUGGUUGAUGACAACUCUUAUGUCUUGUGCACCUAGCUCUUGUAACUUGUAUUUGGUCUUCGAAGGCUAGUCAUGCUUCUUCUUUGGUAUAUCCUUCUCCUCCUCCACCCCUUUCCUCCAGCGUGCUGUAAAUAUUUUUUCCACCUUGAAAUCAGGCAUCCAUGCUUUGUCGCCUGGCUCCAGUUCAGAGGCCUGGGCCUGCCUUCGAAGGCUGAGUAAAAAUUAUAGUUUGUUCAUGUUUUGGACUCUCGACUUGUGGCCCCAGGCUGCCAGUUGCCAUUGAAGCCGGUGCUUCAUUUUCAUCUUCAAUUUAUUUCCACGAAACAGCAAGAAACCAUGAUAACAUCAUGUUUCAUCUAGCACGCAUUACAAUAUAUCUCAACGUCGCAGUUUUACACACCUGUUUAAUUUCUAGAUUCCAGAAAUAGCACUUUGCGGCCGCAAACUUCACUUGUCUUUUUAUAUUUUAGAGUAGAUGCCUUGCGCUUCUAGAAUUUGUGAGGCGAUGAUUUAGGUAUUACCGAGUUGUUGUUUUCCAGUGGCUACUUCUGCUUCUCAAUUGGUGGCUGUAGCCGCACCAGUGAUGCAGUGCUGGCUGCUGUCAAUUUUUUUUAUCUUCAAUUUGUUGCACAGUAUCCAGUCCUUUAUCUACUGGGUUGUCUCACUAGUUGGAAUUGGUAGUCUAGGUAAUCAUGUUGUGUUUCAAAGUAGAUCUUUGAAAUAUUCCCAUGUUUCAAAGUAGAUCUUUGAAACAAUGCUGCAGAUGUUUUUUCCAUUGCUGUUUGACACACUUAUUCUGUUUCCUGCUAUUCUGCUGGCCACUGAUUCUGAUGUGUUCUAUGUUGUGUACUACUUGGUCCGCCCAGUGAAUUGGCGCUUAUCUUCACACUUGUCUCAGGAAAGAAAUACGAAUAUUUGAAGCAAGCCA